AUGUCUAUCGCCCGUCUCCCCGACGCCGCCACCCGUCAACUAUGUGCCACGCUCGUUCUGGUUUCUCCCUCUUCCGCUGUCAAAGAACUACUUGAUAACGCACUUGAUGCAGGGGCCACUGCGGUCGAAGUGCUCAUAUCUGCCAAUACCCUCGGUAGAAUCCAGGUCCGUGACAAUGGCCACGGAAUAGCACCAGAAGAUAUCAAGUGUGUGGGCCGCCCUGGCCAUACAAGCAAGCUGCGGUCUUUCGAGGAAUUGCAAUUCAAAGGUGGCAAGACUUUGGGCUUUCGAGGAAACGCAUUGUCAAGCGCAGCCUGCAUUUCCAAAGUCGUCAUCACCACCAGAACAGCACAGGAUAAGGUCGCAAGCUCCUUCAUAUUGGGCUCCUCCUCGGGCGAUUCCGUAGUAUCCAGAACUGUUUCGGCACCCGUGGGCACUACGGUCGAGUUGAGCAAUUUAUACAGCGAUUUCCCUGUCCGUCGAAAGGUGUUCUUCAAAGAAGCCCCAAAGUCGAUCGCCAGCAUCAAGACCCUACUGCAGGCGUACGCCCUGGCGAGACCAGAGACAAAACUAACAUUCAAGGUCCUUGGUGACGAGAAGUCUGCGUGGUCGUAUGCACCCCGCGAGAGGUUCAAUCCGCGGGAAGCUACACUCCAGAUGUUUGGCGUAAGCUUAGCCAGCCAGUACGUUGAGAGGACCAUCUCGACAGAGCUACUGGACUCGACAGCGUCAACAACCACGCCUCCCAAUAAGGGAGAAAACGACGAGUCCGGUCCCAAUUGCAUUAUUAUUCGAGCACUGCUGCCGAAACCUGAUGCAGAUCAUGCAAAGAUAGCUGGCAAAGGCGCCUACGUCUCUGUCGAUUCCCGACCAAUGGGCAGAGAUAGGGGCAUUUUUAAAAAGUUAGUCAAGAUCAUCAACAUUUUCUUCCAAAAGGCGAGCAACUGCACGACAAGAGAUCUGUUCCUAUACGUAGAUAUAAAAUGUACGGCAGGAAUCUACGACCUCAACAUCUCGCCUGCCAAAGAUGAAGUGGUAUUCAGGAGCGAGCAAACGGUCCUCGACCUCAUCAACAAUUUAUGCCUCGCUUUGUACACCCCUCACGAAUACUCAGGCGACAACGAAUCGCCGAACCAAACAGAAUGUUCGCGCUACUCACCGAUACUGGUUCUGUCACAAAAGAAUACGAGGGAUUGGCCUGGUGCAAGCCACGUUAACCAGCGGACCCCUGAGAGUCCCCUCCUUACGGACGAAUACGAGAUGGAUCUUGAGGAUCACGAAAGGCUCCAGCAAGCUGUGGACAGCACACUUCCGAAUGCCCCAGGUACUCUGCCCCAGGGCUUUUCUGGUGCUACUACCAUUAUUGAUGAUGGUAAGAGCUUGGACUCGAAUUUGGUUCAGCUUAGCAUGAAUUCGAGGGAUUCUGUGCCAUUCGUUUCUGGACCUUAUCCCUCCUUUGAAGAGGAAAGCCCAGCCAGGGAACAAAAUUCACGCACGAUCACCAAUAAGUACAGGGCAUGUCAAGUUCCCCUCCGAUAUACACAGGUUAACACAGCGAGGACUCGCACAUUGAGCGGUGAAGGGAAGUACAGCAUGCUUACACUUAGCUCAUGGGAUGAUGAAGAUAAUCAAACACAAGGCUCUAGCGCAAAUUUUCCGAACAAUGGUCCAAGAACACCCUGGACCAUUGCAAAAGCCGCAGCGACUUAUUCUUCAGCAGAACGAGUAUCGCAUGAUGUUCACAAUAAUAAAGGUCCCCCAUUCCAGGCUGUGUCAGGGACAAGAAACGGCACGAGGGUGGAGGUGCCGGCCAUACACAACCUCGCUACAGACAAAGGAUACAUGAGCCCACUGAUUCAACAGGACUUUGGCAUGGGCAGUGGGGAUCGCCCCUGUGUCGAACCGGUGCCAUUCCCCGUACCCUUUUGUUCCAUCGGCCAACGGGAGCAAGACUGA